CUCUGCACAGGAAGCUCUGAAAAGUGCUCUGAAAAGUCAGAAAGAGGAACCUCUCCAGCUUUGAGGAGCCAGUCAAUCAGGAGCAUGCACAGCUAAAGAAGAGGCAUGGGAAAUGGGGAAACACCCACACUGACUGCUGAGGAUGUACUGGCAGGCAAGAAAUGUUCCUCAUGACCACAGUUAAGUUGAUGGAGGGAUGGACGGAGUGAUGGAGCUGCCCAUGAAAGCAGGAACCAACAUGAAGGUUGCUGGGAAGACUGUAUAUGUUUUUGUGCUGCUUUCCAUCACCAUGGUCAUGACAUUAGCAGGGAACAACAUAGUGAUGACUGUAGGUAACAGUUCAAUUCUCACCUGCCCUUUUAAAGGACAAAUAAGUAUGCUAACAUGGACAAUAACCCCCAAGGUUGGAUGCCCUUGUGCCUUGGUAUACAGGAUUGAUACAAACAUGACACACAGAACAAACUGCAGUGACAACAUAAACUGGACAUUCAGAGCAGGUCUGGCUCCUGCCCUUGCAAUACGGCAAGUGGAAAUAGCCCAGGAGGGAAAUUACAGCUGUGAAGCAGCAUCAACAGAUGGGAAUUUCCACAUGAUGUACAGUCUGACUGUGCUGGCCCCCCCAAGGCUGAGCCUGUACUGUGAUGAGCAGGGCAGCCCCGUGUGCAAGGCAGUGGCCGGAAAGCCUCCAGCUCAGCUCUCGUGGGUCCCUGAGAGCAGCUCCACUGCAGAGGAGAAGCAUCAGGACAACGGGACAGUGACUGUUCUCAGCAAGUUCACAGCGUGUAGCACCAAUGUAACCAGUGUAACCACAUGCAUGGUGUCCCACCCAGCUGGGAACUGGAGCCAGUCCAUAGCCUGCUGUCCCUCAAAGAAAACCAGCUUUUUCCUGCAUGCCGGCAUUAUUACUUGUGUUCUGAUCAUUAUCACCUUGUUGGCUGCCAUUUACUGUUUCAAGCUCCACAGUGAUAGACCAUGCCACAAAACCAAGCCCUCUGAAAUUGCUCCUAUACAUUCCCAACAGUUGAAGAGGAGUAAAUAUGAGAGCGCUAUUUCCCAGGAUGACACAAUGGAAGUGGAACCUUAUACUACUUAUGUGCAGAAGGAAAAUGUAAUCUACAACUCAGUGUCUGAUCUGACAGUAGGGCAGAAUCUUCCACAAGACCUGUGCCCAGAAACAUGAAUGAUUCUACAACACAAGAAGAGGAAAGAGAUACUUUAUAGAAGACUGGUUAUAGAAAGAAACUUCUCAGAGAAUUUCUUCAGAUUUUGGGGCAGCAUAGAUCACUAGGUCUGUUCAAACACCUCUGCUUGCUAAUAAGUCCAUAGUUCUUUUUUUUCCUGUUCUGAUUUCUUCCUUGGGAAAAUGUGUUAUUCCUUGGGAGGAUGUUACUGACCACAUACAAUAGUUUUUCCUGGAAAAAAAUCCUGUGACCAGUCUUCCCUUUGCUGUUCUUCCCUUGGAGAUCCUAGUCUUGUCAAUCACUUGUAGUUGUUACUUUCAUGCACUUGACACUAUGAUGCACACAUUUGGGAGACCAGAGGAGUGUUCUGUCUGAACUAAAACAAAAAACUCUUCUACCAACAGCAACUUUUUUCUAAUACAUAUGUUAGUAACACAUGACCUGGGUACUGAUCAUCACUGGAUACCUCAAAUAGCAAAAGAUAAUGGUAGGGAAGACUUAGUUCAGAAAAUGGAAAUAGGAGAUAAAUUUAGAAGGUCAUCCACUAGGAGUGAGACUGCACUAUCCAGUAUUUAGAGAUGACAUUAUGGGACUCCCUCCAGAAGAAUCUGGACAAGGUUGCUAAGUGGGCCAAUGGCAAUCUCAUGAGAUUUAACAAGACCAAGCGCAAGGUGCUGUACCCGGGUUUGCACAUCUCCUGGUAUCAACAAAGGCUGAGGCAUGAACAGAUUGAGAGCAGCCCUGGCUGAGAAGGUCUUGGAGUGGCUGACAGACUGGCCAUGGCCUAGCAAAGUGUACUUGCAUCCCAGAAAACCAAACAUGUCCUGGGCUCCAUACAAAGCAGCAUGGCCAGCAGGGGAAGGAGGAGAUUCUGCUCUUCUACUCUGCUUUUGUGAGAGCCCACCUGCAGUGCUGCCCCCAGCUCUGGGGUCCCCAGCACAAUCAGGACAUUGACCCAUUGAAGUGAGUCCAGAGGAGGCCAUAAAGAUGAUUAGAGAAAUGGAACACCUCUUCUAUGAGGAAAGGCUGAGAGAGUUGGGAUUAUUCAGCCUGGAAAAGAGAAGGCUUAGGGGUGACUGCAUUGUGGCCUUCCUGUACCUGAAGAGAACCUGCAAGAAGGAUGGAGAGGAACUUUUACAAAAGCAUCUAGUGACAGAGCAGUGGGGAAUGGAUUAGCACUGUAAGAGAGUAGGUUUAGAUUAGAUGUUAGGAGGGAAUUCUUUACUUUGAGGGUGAUGAGACACUAGCACAAGGCUGCACAGAGAAGCUGUGGAUGCCCCAUCCCUGGACAGUGCUCAAGAACAGGUUGGAUAGAGCUUUGAGCGACCUGGUGUAGUGAAAGGUGACUCUGCCAGUGCCGGGGGGGUGAACCUUGAUGAUCUUUAAAGUCUUUUCCAACCCAAACCACUCCACUCCAUGAUUUUGUGAUUUCCACUAAAUAUGUUCAUUCUGUGUUUCAGAUCACUGGUAAGAUUCUAUGAAGUUAUGGCAUUCCUGUCUUUCUUAAGAGUAUAAGCAUUAAGAUACUGUAAAAUACUUAUGUUACUCAAAACCCAUAGGCUACUUUUGCCAAAAAACAAGCAUAAAAAUAUCAAAAAACCCCAAACAAGUACACAUCUGUCUUCUAUGUAUGUGCAAUAAUGUAUAAAAAGGAUAAAAUGCUAGCUAAUUGUAGUCAUAUUUAACUACCCCAACUGAAGGUUUUUUUCAUUUGUAUGUCUAGAUAUUUUACUGAUAUUCUUUUCAAUGUACUUGCAACUUCCCUUUUUGUAUGUAAAUUAGCUUAUGUAUAUUAUUGUGUCUCAUUUUGAAGUGACUUAUUCUCACCUUCAUAAAAUAUCCCUUGGGAAUAAAUUGUCUUCUAUAUAGUAGCAGUUCCCAAUUUUUUUUUUUUGAUUGAUGCAUUUCUAGCUAAAGUAUGAACUGACUUUACAGUAAGAAUAAAGAACUAUGUUUAUAAACCUCUGUUGACUGCAUCUUAUUUCAGUAUUUUAAAAAACUGACUGGAUACUUGGUCUGAUUGCAGCAUCAGAAGAGCUGGAUCUUUCCCUUAGAUUUAGAAUGGUCUUUUGACACACAUUGUUAGAGCUUUUUUUUUUUUCCAGCUAAGAUCCCAAGGGCUAUGACACAGUGCUUGGAAAACAGACUUCUAACCUGAGUGCAGUUCCUAAAUGUAUUACUCAUGUAAACUGAUACAGCUGGUUAUUUAC